AUGGCGGAUUCACCUGGCCUGUCACCAACUAGCCGCUCUGAAACAGAUCAAGUCUUGCUUCAGAAAAAGAACAAUGAGAGCGGAGAAAGGAAGAACUACGAAAGGGAAAGAUCACUUAAUGCUGUUAGCACCGCGGCUCGCACAAAGCUCUCACAGCUGAUCGAUCUGGCCACACAAGCUGAGGAACAAACUGAUUAUAAGAGAGUUGUGGACACUGUUUUUGACUCGGUGAGAAAAUAUAUUUUUGUCUAAAUAUCCUCUGAGGACUAAUUUUACAAUACGCUGCAGCUCCAAAGCUGGAUUUACAUCUAAAAAGGAAAGUUUUGUGUCAGGAUCUUAGUUAGUUGUACGUGAUAAAACUGGAUAAUUAAAUAUCGCAGAGAAAGAAAUCAAAUAUCGUGUUCUUCCGCAUAUUUACCCGCGCGCGUGAUGUUGAUUACAUGUCAUUUUGUUUUUCAGUAAACGAUCAAUCAAGUAACAUAUGUUUUUGCCAAUUUUUUUCUCGCAUUUUUUAGCUUGUUGGUGGAGUUUUUGAUCUCGAAGCCCGGUUUACCAUCAAAGAUUCAUCGGAUUUGAUAAUAUUAUUAGAGCUUUUGGAGCACUGCAAUAUUUCACUUAAGGUAAGAACCCACACUUUAAUUCCCGCUUACGCCCUAGCUCCGCGGUCUCUCCAUAUUUUUCUUUUCUUUUAUCUGAUUCGUGAGUUCUUGGCAAUUUUUCUUUGUGGCUUUUUGUUUAUUUCCAAGGAUACCGCACGGUAGAGAAAAUAUUCUCGUCAGCAGUUAAUGAUCAUAAAAUUUCUUAAUUUCUUUGUUGAAGUGCCAGUUCCUCUUCGUUGCGAAUGAUAAAUUAUGUUUUCUAAUAAAUUAACCUCAUCCUUGAGAUAUCUCUGUAUUGAGAUGUUUUUGUUUAUUUCAUUAGCACCAUUAAUAUUUUUUGUGUUUACAAUACUGUAUAAUUAUUUGAACAUUGAAGUACAGGUUUACGCUUCGGAAAGGAAACAACAUGGCUUUUGAUUUUAAUUUAUGUAUUUGAAAUCUGCUUUGAUUCUAGGUGAGACUGUUUACAUGUGUGUAUGUGGCAGUUUUUGUUUAAUUACAACCUAAAGUGUCAACUUCAUUUUCAAAUAUUUACUAUUGGAAAAGUAGUCUUAGUUUGCUUUGUUACUUAGUGUCUGCUAGAUUUUAGUCUUUUCACAUUUCCCUCAGAAUUUAUACUUUUUGCGGGAAACUAAAAGCUAUUUAGACAUGUACAUGUUGAAUAGAAAAAGAUCGUGGACUUCUCAAGCAAGACAUCCAUAUUUAUGAAUUAAGGACACCUGGAAAAGUAGCCUGAUUCUCCGCCUAUUACUCAAUAGGAUAAGAGACAUUGGGUAUACAAAGCAAACUUAAUAAAUGCACUAUAAAUUCUUAGAUAUCUGAUAUAUAUAUAUUUUAUUUUGUAUAUUUAUUUCAUUCAUUUAUUUUUAUUUUUUUUAAAUUUAGAUGUAUUAACUCAUAAAUAUCAGGAGAAUUGAAGACAUUCUCAGCUAGUUUAUUCUAUUUUUUUCCCCCUUAAAGUAUGUUUCAUACAUUGUUUGUUGCUUUCCUUGUAUUUCCAUUUCAUUUUCUAUUUGUCUUACACAGUAGUUUAAAAAGUCAUCCCUGUUAACCUCACAAGAGAUUUACUACUAACUUUAGUGGAAAGAUUGUACUGGGAAAUCAUUUUUUAAGAAUAUAAUUUGAACAGGAAAUGUUCUUGAACUGCUGCCAAAGCUUAAAUUGAUUUGAAUCUAUGGUUUUAUGUUUAAGAAUACAGCAUUUUUCUAGAAGUUUUGGUGUCUUUCUAUCAUUUAGAUAUUAUGUUGUCUUCUUCCACAGGUUGAAAUUCUUGGAUUGCUUAUUGCAAUUUUAAGAAAAAGCAUUCCUAACUUACAAGCAGCUACUAAAAUUGGACUAAUUGAAAGAGUGCUAUGCCGGCUCUCACAGGAAGGGGAAGUUGUUGUGGCAGGUGAUUACUGAACAAUUAAACACAUUUGCUUAACCCCAGUAAUAUUUGAUGAUAAACCCUAAUGCUUACAAUAAUGGUUCUUUGCCCUUGUUUCAGGUUGAAGAUUUAUGACCACCACUUCAUUUUUCUCACCAUACUAAUGCAUUUUCUACCAAACUGUUAACUAAAAUUCAUAAACAUGACAAAUAUAUUAGCUAUAGGGAUUUAUUUUGAUGUAAAUGUAUAACCAAACUCUUUUUCAACAACAAGGAAAUGUAAGUAAAAGAUUUGGAGAAAUUUCAGAAAAUUGAAUAAUUGUUACCACCAAUUGUAAAAUUUAGGCAUCUGCCUGGUACCAGUGCAGUGUUAGGUAAUGACUGAGGAAGUAAAAGACAGUAACAAGAAAUAAAUAAAAUGAUAACAAUGACAGUAUCAACAGAAAAAAUAGAACAGGAUAAAAUGCUGCCCCCCCUUCUUUUACAAAGGCUGGUGACCACUUACAGUACAGAGGUGACCUUUUAUAGGGGGGGGGGAGGUAAUACUGGUUUUUAUUGUAUACAAAUUCUUGGAUGAGGACUGCAUGUGUAUUUUCAAUCUUUUGAUUUUUAUCAUCACUGUUUUUCUUGUUUUAAGACAAACUGGUGGAGCUUCUUGGAAUCCUGUCCAGUUACAGUAUUACAGUCAAAGAGCUGAAGACUUUGUUUGUCACUUUGAAGGGUGUGAAUGGGAAAUGGGUGAGCUUUAGAUCUUCUUUUGCUAGAAAUUGAAAUGUAACAAACUGCUAGAGAUCAAGAAAAUUUUUUUAAGGUUCCUGUUUUGGACCAUUGCCAGCCUAUGAUUAUCAAAAUAAGAAGUUGAGUUUAACAUAUUUGUUUUUUGGUUAGUUCUUUUUUAUAUUUAUUGGAGGACAAAUGCAUAGAUCAUAUUACUAUAAACAGCUCUGCAAACUUUUUUUUCUCUGUCUUUGAUAAAAUGUCUGAGGUCCAUGUUUCCAUUCAUCUGUUCAGUAAUAGAUCACAGGGUAAGAAUGUCAGUGACACACUAGUAGGUGCGCCUUCUAUACUACUUUUUGGUCCUUACCACAUUUUCACCCUGCCUGUAUGGAUGCAGAGCAACAUAGAAUUUUUUCAUGAAGCAUUUACUAAUAAUUUAAAUUAUGAGAUGUUGAUGAUGUUUUGGGUUAACACAACUACAUGUGCCUGUAUUUUCAGCCCUGUCAUACGGUCAAGCUGUUAACCAUCUUGAAGCUGAUGUUGGAUAAACAUGGUCCUGAUGUUUAUUUCAACUUUUCUGGUCAAGAGGGAGGGGUGAGUGGCCAUGUUUUUUUUUUUUAAUGAAAGAUGUGGAAUUUAAUUUUUUCAAAUAUGGAUUAAGACACCAAUCUAAAUUCUGUUUGUGCUGAGCUCAAACCAUAGUGUAGUGACAGAGAAAAAUUUUUUAAAGUAGAGGUGAGUUUCUCAGUCAUGAUUUAGUGAGAAUUGUUUUAUGCUUACCAUGACAGGCCAUCACUUUGCCACCCAUUUCAAAAUGGCCACUGCAGUCAGGCUUUACAUUUUCAACUUGGCUAUGCCUUGAUACCUCUCACCUGGCUAAUGCGGAGAAGUGCAAGCCUUACUUGUACUGGUAAGUCCAUUUGUGCAAUUUUAUUUUUAUCAUUUAGGUUGAGAAAAAAGAUCAAGGAGGUGGUUUUAAAAGCAAAAUGUGUUUUGAGUCUUAAGAAUUGUCAUUUCAAGCAAAAAUUAGUGAUAGUUACUUAUAAUUGUUUGUGGUUUAACUUUUUUGUUGCAGUUUUCGGACCGGUAAGGGACUGGGUUAUUCUGCACAUUUCUCAGGACCCAUGCUGGUCUUAGAAUGUGCUGUGAAAACUGGAAAAAAAGAAAACAAAGUGCUUCAUCACCUGGUUAAGUUUGAAUUCCAUCCUCAAAAGGUAAAAAUAUCAUGCAACACCAUUUUGUACCUUUCCUUAAGUUGUGCUCGCAGACACUGUUGAGAUUAGCUAACCUAAAUGUAUGUGAACACUUAUUUUCAAUGCAGUCAUGUGUAUUGUACUUUUUUCGUCUCUUUUCCUCUUUCAGUGUCAUUUUAUAUGCUAUAUUUCCUUGGAAAACAUACUCUUUUUUUACAAAGACAUGGCAACAAUAACAAAUUAACCAUGCCACAAACAGUUGCAUCAAAUAAUCUUUUAAUUGAAACUUGACAAUUUUAGUCUGUUUGUGGAUUUUUUUAAUCGCACAGGUACAUAUAAAACAAUCCUAGAAAAUUUAUAAUUAAGCUUACUUUUAGUAUAAUUAAGAAAUUGAUCACUGCUUUCUUUCCAGUGGUAUAUGGUCACUGUUGUACAUGCAUACAACAGAUUUCAUUCCAGUGAGAUCCGAUGUUUUGUGAAUGGUAAAGUAGUUUCCACUGGGGAGACCACUCUGGUACAUGCUAAUGAGGUAAUGAAGCAACAAUCAUUCUUUUUCAACUCAAUUAUUUUUCUGUUUCAAGAGGGCUUGAUAGAAAGUUGUUUAGAAUUGAAAAUUUUGACUUUUGGAGUGGGAGAUACUCAGAGUGAUGGUACUUUUAAUACUAGGUAAAUAUCAUAGAUUAUCUCUCAGUUGGUACCUGCACUAUGAUUGGUCAGUCUAAAGGGGCAUAUUAAACUGUGUGGCCGGUUAAAUUAAAAAAUUUGUUUAAAUAAAAAUCUUCCCCUUCUCUUUGAAACUAGAAAUAUAAUUAAUAUCUUUGCUAACCUCGUUUUCUUGGUCGGUAUUGUGAGGUAUGGUAUCUUGUUUUUACUACUUGCUUUGCGCUUAGGCCAUAAAUCAGAACUUACAAUACUGACCUUGAACUCAGUUAUUUAGAGGUAUUACUGAAUGUGUUAGUUGGCAGCAGCAAAUAGCCCUUUGUAUUGAGGAAAAUGGGAUGAUUGUAGCUCAGAAAAUUUUAUAGGUCUAUCUUCCAAUCCCAGAGACUGUUUUGUAUCUUAAGUUUUGUUCUUUUUUUUUUCGUCAUCUCUACCAUAUUGAACACUACUAAAUUACCCCAAUUUAGUAUCGCUUUUUUGUAUCUCUUUUUUGUGUGUGUUUUCACAUAGAUCAGUGACUUGUUGGAGAAUAUUUUGAUAAUCAUACUUUGUUGUUUCUUCUUUGUUAGCCAUUUGACAAGUGUUACAUUGGUUCUUCACCUAAAGCAGAUGUUCAAAGUGUGUUCUGUGGCCAAAUGGCAGCAGUGUAUGUCUUCUCUGAGGCUCUUAGUGCCCAGACUGUUGGUGCUAUACAUAGAUUAGGGCCUUGGUACAAGGUUAGUUGUGAGUGGCAGUGAUGAUAUUGAUCUGUUGUAGAAAAUGUCCUCUCCCCACCAAUGACAGUUGUUUUGGUUUUGCCUUCUCACUCUGGCCACAUCUUAAUUGAACUUAUGGUAACUGCUUUACUCUUUUUUCCUUUUGAGAUUUCGAGUCUUUCCUUAUCCUACCAUAGAAAUGUCUUGUUACCUUCCUUUGGGGGUUUUGAUACUUGUAUAUGGAGUUUUAUUUGAAGCAUUUUAACUCUUUAACUUCCACAAGUGACCAAGAAAGAAUUUCUCAUUAUAAUAUCAAUACAGUAUCAAGCAGAGAAGUGAUGAGAAUAAAGAAAAAUAUCAAUAAGGGCAUAAUUAGUUGAUCCACCACCAAAUUCACAAGACAAACAUAGUGAGAAUGAUAUGGCAGACGAUAAGGAGAAUGAAUAAUGAUUUGUUGGGAGUGAAAGAGUUAAGUGUUGCCAAGGUGGCUGUACAUAGAAGUUUAAAAAUUACUACUGUGACAGUAACCAUGUUAAAGAAUGGCUAUCUUAACUUUCCCUGGUGGUGAAAUGAUCACAUGCCUUUAGGAAAUGUGAGAGUAUUCCAACUGUUAGGGGUCUACUUUAUGGUACAUGGUAUCAAAGUAAUAAUUAGGGUCAGUGUUUCUUUAGGAACAAAAGGAUUGGAAGUGGUCAUGUAAUACAGUACAGUCAUGUACAAUUAUAGGCUGGUCUGAAUGACCUGGAAUGUGUUCCCAAUUAUUCUAUGUUUAUAAUUUGUUUUAUCCCCUCCAGGGCCAGUUUAAAUUUCCUGCUGAAAUUGAUACGCCGUUAUCAGAGCAGGAUAGAAAGGUAUUUGGUUGUCUUGUAUAAAACAUGUAGUUUGUGUUUUUCAUUUUUACUCAGUAAGUCACUGAUGAGUUCUCGUGAGCUUACCAGUAUCAACCUGAGAUGUAUUUCUGUAAUAAAGCAUACUGAUAACCAUUAUUGUUUUGAUUUUAAACACAAGUGUCUGAUGUUAGAUACAAGUGUCCAAUUUUAAUACCUCAUUUCAGACACUAGAGUCUGAAAACUGGGCUGUGUUCGAGCAUAAAUAAAUAGGUUUAAGUGGAUAAAUUGACCAGCAUCAGUUGGGAAAUUAUUCUGAGGCUUGUUGGUUGCAUACUCUUGAAGGGGUCUCUUAGCUUGUUAUACUCUCCACCCAACCAGCACCACAGUUUCUUUAGAAACUUACCCCUUUAUCCAAGUGUAGGAUAAGCUCUGGCAGUGUCAACCACACAGCUUGUGUGUAAGGGGAUGUCUUUGUCUUAUUUUUUUUAAUGUAAAGUUCAAGUUUCCCAAUUUUCUUUGAUUUCUUUCUACCAGGUUUUGUAUGAAGGCCACUUGUCAGCUGUUAUCAUGUUCAUGUACAGUCCCAAAGCUUGCGAUCAGCAGUUAUGCCUGGAAGCUUCGCCCACUGAAAAUCCAUCCUUUUUCUGUCAUUCACCCCAUGCACUAAUGCUAGAGGUGAGAUUUGACCCAUGCCAGCCCAGCUGGGAUUUUUGUGUUGGAGACAAAAAAAUUCAUUACUUAAUUUAGUAAUAGAUUAGUGAGUGGAUGAAUAAUUGAUUAAAUGAAGUAAUCGAAUUAUGCAGCUUACUAGAUGGCUCUUUGAUCACUCCAAGGACAAAUUCAAAUUUGGAGUGAUGCUUUUUGUUAAAUUAUCAUCAUCUUGGGAUGUGAAUUAUGACAUUUAAGCAGCUUGCUGUUAGCGUUUUGCGUUAGUUUGUACGAUACGAUGACUGGCUGUGCAUUUUACUUGUGUCUGUUUUAACAAUAAAUACCACCAUUUAUCAGAGGUACAAUUUAUCCUGUACUCUGAUUCUUUUCAGGGAGUGCAGUCUGUUGUCACACAUUCUCUUCAGAGUAUCCUUCACUCUUUGGGAGGAAUUCAAGUGAGUUAUUUUCACGCUCUUUUGUUCCUGUCGGGUGAAAGAAAUAAUCCCAGUUUCUUGUAGCCUUUUAGAAGCCUCUUGCAAAGCAAGAGGGCACCUUGAAGCUAAGAACACGUCCCCUCCAUUUCAAAGAUUACGUGUAACUCGAAAAUCAUUGAAGGUUUAGUCACUGGUGUAAAAAGAACACUUCCCAAAGUAGACAGUUUUUCAGUCGUCUUCAUGUAUACAGCCUUCUCUUUGCUUUUUGCCUUCUGUUUGCCGUUUCGUUUGAUUGGUGGCGAUUUGUCGGCUGACCGUCGCUCUCCUGUCGGUAGCUUAUCGGUAAUCGUCAAUCUGCUGUCGGUAGCCUGUCGUAGCCUGUCGGUAGCCUGUCGGUAGCCUGUCGGUAGCCUGUCGGUAGCCUGUCGGUAGCCUGUCGGUAGCCUGUCGGUAGCCUGUCGGUAGCCUGUGAUGAAAAUGACUUAAAUGGGGGAAAAAGUUAGUCCGAGUUAGCGGUAAUCGUUAUUUCUGGUUAUUCUGUUUAAAACACAGUAAAUGAAUGGAACCGUAUCAAAGUUAUCGAGGGAAACGAGUUGCAAAGGUGACUUACCACCAGACUCAAGUUACCGAUGGUUUGAGUUGUUGAGACUCGUCUGCAAAUAACUAUUGCUUGCGAUCAUUCCAAUGAGCAUCAGAGCUUAAAUUGAAGGUUCUUCAUAUUUAUUGAAAGUUCAGUUACUGAUGAGUAUGAUUACUUCCUAUUAGAUGCUGCUCCCACUGUUCUCUCAGCUGGAUUUCCCUCAGGAAGGAAGUGGAGAAGCUAUUGAAACUCCUGAAUUAGCAAUCUGGUGAGAAAUGAUAGUUUUAGAUGUAGCUAACAUGGGGUUAUUGGCAUAUUAAAGAGAGUGUUGGAAGUAGAAAGGCAACCACAGGGUCGGAUCCUUUGCGCACAUGGUAUAUUAUUGAAGCUACAUUGUUAUUAAAUCCAUUUUUAAACGAAUGUCCAUAGUAAUCUGGAAUCGCAUUGGUUUUUCUUUACGUUGCUCUCUGAUUGGUCCAGAAAACUCGCGCCACUAUCUUAACCAAUCAGAUGUAAAACUGUAACUAAUCACGACUUGGUCAUCUGCGUUUUCCCGCGCUUUUGGCAGUUUCACUUGGUUUUAGUUGAGUUCUCAUUGGUUGUUAAGGGCUAUUUGCAUUUCUUUUUUUCAAUCGCCUGUAGUAUCGCUUGGCUGAUGUGGAGACUUUUAAACUGUGCACUUUGCUAUAUAGUAAAUGCGAUAAGUGAAAAGAGAGCAAAAAGGCUAAUUCGUUUUUUGUUUGGUUGUUUGUUUGCACAGUACUGUACUUCUGUCACUUCUGUCUGAUCUUCUGAGGAGGUCUUGCACAAGCCAACAGCAGAUGAUUCAGUGUCAGGGAUUUCUUGUCAUCAGUCACGUUUUAGAAAUGGUAAAAAAAAUCGCUUUGCUUCUCUGUUUCUGUCGUUUUUGUCUAUUUCACAUAUUUUUUCUUCUAUGUUUUGAUUAGCCUCAGUAAGCUCGGUUUUCAGCUAAUUCCGAAAAUGCAAUCAAGGCAAAGGGCCUACGUAGGACCUACGUAAUAUUGGUGGCCUGACCAUUCUCUGUUUCUAAAUUUUCAGUUACCAUUCACCUUUUAUUAUGGCUUACUAAAACUGGGGGAUAAAACUUCCGCUCUCUAUAGUUCAUUGUCUCCUUUGCAGCCGUUUUUUGGAUGGUAGUGCAACUUUGAGAGCGUAGUGCGAAUCAAAGGAAAACUUCUGUGAAGGAGACGGUUUAGUUCCUUGCUUUUAAAGAAAUAUAUUUUGUGUGUUUUUUUUUUCUGUCUCUCCCACAAGGCUGUUAACACUCACCUGACAGAGGAUGCACUGGAUAUUCUUCUUUCCCUUGCAAGGUUUGCAUUGUAGAGAUGUCUCCAAUUUAGUGCCGAGAGAAACCCGGGAUUGCUUUGAUUCUGGCUCUCUGCGUUUAACGAUUAGCUUUGAAAACAUGUUUAUUAUUUUUUAAAUUUAUUUUUAUUUUUUUCAUUGCAGGCAUCUCUUAAGUUCUUCAGGUUCAGGGGAUCUCCUGGGAAGUCUCUUAGAUCACAUUCUUUUUAACCCAAAUUUGUGGGUGAAAGCGUCUUCGAAGGUAAACAUCCUUUGUACUCUGAUAUCAGCCUAAGGUGGAAUUACUAUACAGAUGCGUAGGCUUUUUCAACGUGAAUACUUUCAACAAAACGCACUGUACAUGUAGACAUAGUCAAAACAUUUUGAUAGAUUCUCUGUGAAAAGACAAGCUUUUCCUUCAUUGUACUCUUCGUGCAGGUCCAGCUUCAAUUGUUCAGUGUGUUUGCCACAGACUUGGCCACAGGAACUGGCUGUGCUGCUCACUUGCGCCACGAUGUUGGGGUCAGCAGACUUAUGUACAUGCUUAAGACGUUUUACUGGCUCCAUGACGCCCCUGAGUUGGACCACGGUAAGGCUGUUGUAUAUGCCUCCCCCAAGCUGCACCGAUCGCAUUACUUACACACUGACCAACUAAUUAAUGAAUUAACAAAAAUAUAAUUAUUUGAUAGUAACAGGGCAAACCUAAAGACGAUAUUUGAAAAGAUUUACAUCAGCAAAAAACGCUUGUCGACGAAACUCGUCGAUGGAAAGGUUUUCUCUCCCCUUACAAAUCUUUUUGUUCAAAUACUGGCGUGAAAGAUUUUGGACAAGGGAGAUUUUCAUGAAACUUAAUGUAAGUUUCUCUUGAACUAGGAAUCUGUUGACUUGGCUUUGAUGAAAAAUCGACUUUAUGAUGACUCAGGUGUCAGCAGCUGAUUUUUAAAAAGCGUUUUCUGCGAUCACAUGUUCGACUUUAUUUUUGUUUGUAUCUUAUUGUAGACAGCCGAAGGCCGUCAAAAGAAGAAAUCCAUUCUCUGAGGGCGUUUUUGCUUCUUUUGGUAAAACAACUAGUUCUAAAGGUAGGUUGUACGUCCAUGGCAGAACUGGAAAGAAUGAAGUGCAUGACAGUUUUCAUCUUGUUGUUUGAAGUUCUUUUAUAACCCUUUGUUUCAUAUUUUUGUGUUUGUAGGACAAGGGAAUCACUGAGGAAGAGUUUAAAAGUAUACUUUCCUACCUAAUGAUUACUUAUGAGGUAUGAUUUUUUUGUUAGUAAAAUCAUGUUUGCGCAAGCAUUAGAUUAAAAAAAAAUGAGAGGAAAAGUGAUGCAAAGCUUUCCUUUGGCUAUCUCUAAGGCUCUUAUGUUUCUAUUUUUUUUCGUGUGUGUACAACAGGAGGAGAAUCUAUUGGACGUGCUUCAACUGGUCCUAUCCAUCAUGACAGAGCAGCCAGAUACUUGUAUCCCUGUUUUUGACAAAGUUGAUGGGCUGAGGUGAGCUUUCCAGAGUCCUUGUCAUUUUUUCUCUUAAUGUAAGCGCUAUUGUAAGGUAUUUAGUUGUUAAAUAGGCAUGUCUUUUCAUAGCGUGCUACUCUUAGUAGUAAGUUAGAGUGGUAAGUUUCUAUAGAAAUAGUGGUGCUGCGUCGGUGGGGCUGGAACGACUGAAGUGAUAAUGUAAAUUUUCCACCGUAAAGAGUUUCUAAACCUGAUAUUUCGAGCGUUUACAAUUAGCCCUUCGUCAGAACGAAGGUAAAGUGGGCUUUGGGCCACUUCUGAGCAUAACUUGCGCGCGUUACACGCAAAUUCGCGUUUGAACCUGUUCAAACGCAUAGAUUCGCGGCAUUUUUAAACUUGUGUUUUACCGAAAUUAUUCUGUUAUAAUGAUGUGGAUUUUCAACUUAGUUUCUCUUUUGCAGGGUUCUGUUUCGGUUUCUGGACAUGAAAUCGGAGGCAGUGAGAGUUUAUUCUUUAAAGAUCGUUGGCUGUUUCCUUCAGUUUUGCCCGGCAAAGUGAGUGUUUUAUUUCUCGAUAUGACUACUGCGUUCAGUUUUAAUUUCCCAUAUUUUUAGAACUUCGUCAUUUAAGAUAACAUUGAGAACAAAGAAUAUCUUUGAAUUCUAACCAUGUGAGUUGUCUUUGUGAGCUUUCUAUAGAAGACUUCACGAAUGCUAUCAUGUGGCGCGACACAUACGUUCCUUACUUUCAGUGGCACUUCAGCAACAAUCACCAAGGAGUCACUCGGUUUUCUUAGGUUGUUGAAUAUUCGAGAGUACUCGGAAAUACUCAGGAACAUUUGGGAAUACUUGGAAAUACUCGGAAAUACUCGGGAUCAAAUCGGUAUUAGCUCUAGGUCCGUGGGACUAGUCAUGAUUUCCGCCUUUUUAUGGCUCUUCGGGCGUCGGCUCAGUUCCCGCAGAGUGAUUGAUUAUCAGGUCGUGUGCUAGGAACCCCCCUCAAUUCUUCGUUUCGUUCUGUUUGUUUACAGGAGAAAGCAAGACUUGUUAGAACACUACAGCUUGUUCUCUUUGAUUGGCGAAAAACUCAUGAAACAUUCGCUGACGCUUACCACUUACAAUGUCUUAUUUGAGGUAUGUUAAUCUGCUUAGUUAGCGGUUUUGUGUGCGCUUUAAUAUCAUUGAGCGGCGAAGCCACGAGAGGCUUGGGACAAAAUAAUUGUUUUCAUCGAGCCACUCGUGUUCUGCUUAAGUGUGUGCCAAAUACAGAGCACUGUAAUUCUACUUGGGUGUUUGUCCGAUAUAGGAACUUGGUAAAUCGCAAAUUACUAAAGCAGCUAUAAGUUGAAAGGGAACAAUCACAACCGCCUUACAUAAAUCAAAGAAGAGAAAUUUAACGGUGUCUUUUUGUAUUUAGAUCUUAGUGGGUCGAGUCUCCAAACAAGUAGUCAGCGGUCAUCACCCACAACCUGACAACACAUUUCUUCUACAUAAUACAAGUAAGUUUGUACAAAUUGCGUUUGAGGAGACUGUUUUACUGUACCAUAUUUUCUUGUGAAAACUUAAUUGGAAAUCCAAUCGUAACGGUUUAUCUGCUCCAUUUUCGUCCCAGCAAUGGCGAAUGUUAUUGCCAAGAUGCUUCGCAAGAGCGAAGGUAAACAGUGCAAUGCGGGGGUGAAGCUGACGAGACAGGGAAGCUUUAAAGAAGAUCGAACACCAGAUGAAGAGAAAGUGGAUCUUAAGAGAAAAUUCCUUUCUGAUCUUGUUCUACUUCUUAAUCAUAGCAAAAUUAACAGAAGGUGAGUUCAGAUCACAUGCAACACCCACUGUUAUGAAGAAACUUAAGUUCCAAUUUCUUUUUUGUAACAGCGUUCAGGGGCAAUUCAUUUUCAUGGAAAGAAAUAUGUGAUAAUAAUCAUUAGACACUGGUGAAGUUUUUUUAGAGGUUUACAAGAAUUAGAAUUUCUUUCAUUCUAGAAUUUAAACCGUGAAUGUUAAAUGAAAUCCCACCCUAUCUUUUAUUUUUGCAAUUUUCGUUAAGAAUCUAUCACGUAUUUUCCAAUGGCAAUAUUGCGUGCUGACAUUGGCUGAUUGCGUUGCAAAUUUUGUUUUGAGGCUACUCAAUGUACUCGUUGUUUUCCUCUCAACCCGAAGGCGCUCGACAUUCAAGAUUAGAAACUGCCUGGCCAGACUGGUCAAUUUAUAAACGAGUGAGCAUUUUUCUCCCAGAGUUUUCCUUAAUUUUCUUUACAACUUCCACAAAAAUAUGGCCCCCUUCGCCGUCCUUGUUUGGUUUCGCUUUUGCAACGCGUGCUUUGCAUUACAGGUUUGAAUAUGGGCUGCGAAUGGUACCAAUAACAAUGAUGUUUGUAAAUGAUUUUGUAGCCGGACAGUUCUAAUCAAAUUACAAGUAUCAUGAAGAUUGGAAUGUUGCCGUUAUCAGUGAGAAUUCAUCAUAUUUAGUUACUUGCCUUUUCUUUUUUUCAACAGUCUUAUUCUCCAGCUUUCAUGUUGGCAAGAUUGGCUUUUCUCCUUAGCGCACAUUGAACCCUCAAACCCAGGUAACACCAACAGGUUCAUGUGGCUUGACUAUGAAUAACAUAUUAACAAUAGUGCAGUAUUAACAAUAGUGCCAAAACAAAACCAUAGUUAUCUCAUCGACCAAUCUCAACGAUAGUUCACUUCAUCAUCAGCCAAUGAGAACUCAAAUUGCAACCAAGCACAUCGCUUGAAGCGAGGAAAACGCUUAGUUUUGUAGUUGAUCGGUUUAGAGGAUCGGGCGAGUUUUCCGGACCAAUCGCAGCAAAAAGAAGUAAAACCAAAGCAACCGCGGCUUAGUUUUGACAAAAUUGAAAUUUUCGCUAUUUUCGUGCAAAAUUGUAAGUAGUGUGUAUUGUUGCUGUUCAUGUUUUUUCAAGUCUGUCAAAGAACGUGGACACCUAGUCAAAUUUCUACCAAAAUAUUUCAUGAUGUGAAGUGGAGUCAUUGUUUUCUUAACCAUCAUUUCGUUUAUUCUGCCAUUUUUUUUUAGAUGAAAGUCGCACUACGGACACUGUGUUCUGCCUUUUUCGUAUGCUUCUUCAUCACGCUUUCCAGGAAGAACGAGAGGGCUGGAGGAUCUGGGUCGACACGCUGGCUAUACUGCACGGCAAGGUAUGUUAAAAGUUGUUAUUGCCGUAUGAAUUCCUUGUAUCUUGAAAGAUAUCGAAAAUUGCGCAUCUUUUGGGUUAGGGUUGUUAUUAAACGAUAGUGUCCAAGGUUGUGUGCAUAUCACGAGGGAGAUAACUAGCUCGCUGUGUGGAAGACGGAUCAAGGUGUUUGCGUUUGUGCCUGGGCCGGUCGAGUAAACCGCAAGGGAAACCUGUCUAAAUGCGGAAGGGUAUAAUGGAGUGGUUGGGGUUAAACUGGGACAAACCUGCGUCCUAUCCAAUUCGAAUGAGUGACUACACUCUACUCUUAUGCGACAUGAACUCGAACAGCGUUCGGUAGUUGUGAGCCAUUGCGUUCUUAUCUCCAACUUUACUAACAAACCCUUACACUGUAUAACAUACGAAGAAAAAGCUCGCGAAGUAGUCUUUACUUUUAGGUGAGUACAUAUGAAAAAGAGAAGCAAAAAUCUGGUCUGAAACAAGUGGACGAAGCUACUCCCAAUGCGGUUAGCAGUCCAGAACACGUCAAACAAGGUGCUGAAGUUCUUCCUAAUGCGGACAAGAAAUCUCCGGUUACUAAGUCAGCGGAUAGUGAUGUUGAUAGAAAGAAAUUUUUCCAAUCACUUUUGCAAGGUAAAAAUGGACCUAAAGUAGAACCAACGGUUCCUAUAACAAUUCCAGAGGAGAGUGAAAGUGAACCCAAUUCGCCCGACCGCGAGGAAGCGAAAGUUAGCACCAACGUUUCCACUAAUAAUGUUAAAACUGUGGCUAUGAACGAUGAUAAUCACAGCCCAUGUAAUGAGAACGGUGAUGUGAUAGUUGGACAUUCUGAGGAAAGCCACUCUAACAUCGAAGGCUCCCUCAGUACUACCGGUGUGGGCUCCGAAAUUAGAGGGUCUGCAGUAGCUGAAAAGUCCGAGGACCCAAGGACACAUUUACCUGAUAAAGGGCUUAAUUCAGAUACAAAUGAGAAUGGAGAGAGUCAACAAGACAAAUCUCAUGUCUCGGAAAGUGUCACUGAGGAUGAAAAGGAUGAAGGUGUAAAAGAAAAUUCAUCGAGUGGAUCUUCGACUGGAGGAAAUAUAACGGUUACUGACCAAUCAGAAAAGGGUGACGAGAAGGCAGAGGUAGCACCUCUUAAAAACGAAAACAUUGUCAGUAGCGAGGAGGUGUCUGUUAGUGAAGAAAAUAAUGAUAAGAAAACUGAAAAUCGGACAUUAAACGAUUCCGAGAAAGAGCCCGAAAACUAUGUUAAUUCUAGCGGAGGUCAAGAUUUAUUAAACGUGAAAGAUGAACCAAGAGAUGUUGAUAACAGUUUAACGAUUGCUGUCAAGAGUUCGUACAUAGGGGCGCCGAUCGAAACGAGUGAAAAUACUCAAUCGAACUGCAAAGCUACGGAGGUAGUUGUACGAUCGGAGACCGUCGACCAUUCUAAAGGUGUUAUCAUUAACGAAGGUGAAAGUCCGGCACAAGCGGAAGGAAACAAUGAUGAAAAACGUUCUGUUGAUGAUUCAACCCCUGGCAGCCAACCGAGCUCCCCUACCAGCACUUUGGAGACUGAGGCCGAAUCGAGCCCAAGGUCAACUUCUUCUGCUGGGGCCGUAGGGACUGGUAACCCGGGCUCACCCAAUCAGAAGUCAUCUUACAGAGCAUAUGUGAAUAUUCCAGAAUAUUUAUGGUCUCCUAUUCACCAGAGGUUGCUUGCGGACCUGCUCUUUGCUAUUGAGUCCGACGUGCAAGUCUGGAGAAGGUUGGUUCUAGAACAAAGAAUAGUGAUGAGAAACAUAUAGCCUUUAGCGUAUCGAUAACAAUUACAAGCGGUGUUUUUGUUUAAGGUUAAAACACGGAAAGCUUUCUGCGCGUUACCCAGAAUGAUUUCGUCCUCUUCAGGACUGAGCCGAGCUUUAGACGAUGAGAAUGCGAACACAUGAAUUUCUGUACAUCGAUUGAAUGCAGAAGAAAACAUGGGAGGCUCGUUAUGAAAAGGUUACUCUUACGACAAGAUUUUGUAGCAUGAGGUGAUCUCGAGUGCUAUUACUUACUCCUGGACAGGAGGUAAGUUCAUAGCAGACAUCCAGAAGGAGUGGCAGUACUCAAAAUGGCUUCAUGCCUUAGAAACCUUGUAAGAGUUACCUUGAACAAGACGAAGCUAUUAUCUUUCGCUAUAGUUCGUCGUUCGUUUAGAGUGCGGAGAGUCGUGAUUGCAUCCUCAUUGGAUAUUAAAAUUUCUUGCAUGUUCCGUGGUCCUUACGAAUGAAUAUAUGUCCUUUUUAAUUUGUUCGACGACGGACCUAAAAAUGAACUAUUUUACUGCUGCUGUUUUGCUCACUGCCUUUCGCUUUAUUUUAGCCACAAUCGUAAAACUGUAAUGGACUUCGUUAAUUCGAAAGAAAAUGGAACAUAUCUGUGGAACUUGGCUCACUUUGUAUCAGUGUUGGCGGAUAACGUCAUUUUCUGUUGCGGGGAUCUCCUGCCCCUGCUGUCUUCCGUCACGUCACGUGAUUACGGUCAAGACGUCAUUGAGCCUUGCGGCGGGAUGACCUUGGAAACGAGUUUCUCCUUCUUGAAUCGACUGAUGUCUCUUGUGGAUGUCAUAGUUUUCACCAGUUCCCUCGCGUUCAGCGGGGUGGAGGCCAACAGGAACAUGAGCACGGGUGGAUUUCUAAGGCAAUGUCUUAGGCUAGGUGAGGCAGUCCGUGAAAUGAAUGUACUAGUAGAAAUAGCCUUGUGGAACCCAGUGAAUCACGCGGAUCGUCGUAGUUGUCUCAAAAAUUAUCGUAACCAUAGUAACGAUCGGAAUGGAAAUCAAGCCAAAAGAAAGUGAUUGAUGAUCUCUUUCGCUCGUAAGAUCUUAGCCGUUAUACUCUAUUUUACCCUCCUUUCUUUCGGGCGGAAUCGUGAAUAGUCGUAUAAACAUCAACUGAGCUGAAUUUCUGAUUCUAGCCUGGUUACUUAACUAUAAAGGGCCUUUAUAAGUGACUAAUAUGCUUUUUUGUGCCAUUAUUACUUUACUUUUUCCUGUCUAGUGUUUUGUUGCGCAGCACGUAACCGUCUUGUGUGCCGGCAGCGCAACAGACCCAUCCUUCCGGUGAUUACAAGUGCCAAACUAGGAAAGAAAGCGUUGAAGGAAGCGAGGCAAGCGAUCAAGACGCUUAUCGCUUCUACAAAACCCCCAAGUGAACAGGUAAUGAUUUUAGGGGUAAGCACUUGAUUUCUCGCUCUUUCCUAAGAUACAAACAAUUCAUCAAUCAGAUAUUGCGGAAAAAUCCGGUCUUUGCCAAUGAAAUCGGAUUAGGAAGCAAAACGAUACAAAUAAUUCGUCAAUCAUAAAUAUUGCGAAAGAAUCUGGUGUUUGCCAAAGAAAUCGCACUAGAAAGCAAAACGAACUUGGUAAAAGACCUGGUAUUUGACACAUUAAAAUUUUGUCGAUAGACAGCAGUUUUUUCCCAUUAAAAGCACUUUUUCCCAUUAAAAACGUCAAACUGCAGUGCUGCUCACGUCCCUUCUCUGUGUCUUAAGGAUCUUGUCCAGAACAUACCCGGUCACAUGACCACAGUCACUGACCCGGAGAAGUUGCUUCAGGAGAUGGAUGUGAACCGUUUACGCGCUGUUGUGUACAGAGACUUUGAGGACAGCAAACAGGCUCAAUUCCUGGCCUUGACUGUGGUGUACUUUAUAGCUGUUAUGAUGGUCGCUAAGUACAGGGAUCUUCUUAAGUCUGAAGACUCCGAUGCGCGAGCGAGGUUUCACACGGUGGCCAGUCCAGGUGCGUGUUGAAGUAUUCGUGUACAGGAUACGUGUGUGUUUUGUGCACGAGGAUGCGUAAAUAUGUGUAUGGGCGCAAGUGCGCGCGAAGGCAAAGGUGAGAGUCACUGCGUAUAUAUCAUGAAGUGUAUGUGCGAAUGUACGCGAUCCUUGCGUUUUGUGCGUGUUUCGUCGUGGGUGUUUUUUGUUGUCGCGCGAGUAAGCAAGCGUCUGCGUUACAAAGUGUUUACAGCAAAGAGUCCUUGGUCUUCACCUCGUUGAGGGGUUGAAAAACUGGACUCGUUGGAAUCGUUCUCUUGACCCAGAGGAAGAAACUGUCUUAAAAUAAUAUUUCCUUAGGAGAGAAAAACGUCCGAGGUAAAAAUUAUUUUAAGGGAAACAAUGAUGCCCAAGAAUAGGUAAAGAUUAAAACAUAACAAAUGAUUGAUAACUGUGUAGACGCCCAGAUUUAAUUUCUUCUAAGGAAGCCCCUCACACCGCUUUGUGAAAAUGUAAAUUUAUUUUUUUAGGUCGUACUAUGUCAGAAGGUGAAGUGCAAGGUCUAUCUGAAAAUCGCUCCCGAGCGGCAACCUGGGGAGCUCAGCGGAGCGCUUCGGCAGAUGUGGAAGGAGAUGACGUGUUUUCGUGGGAAGACGCGGAACCCACUAUACCCAGUUUCCUGAAAGGCUCGGUCGACUUCAACCGCUUGAGCCUAUCAGAGAAACUAGAACUGGGGUUCAAGUCAUCUGGGUCUCUUCUCAAGGAGGUCCUGCUUGAUUUCAGCCCGUUUUUGAGCCGGGUCUUGAUCGGAAGUCACGGACAGGAACUGGUGUUGGAGGGCCUUUCAUGUCAAAAGACAGACUCCAUUGUAGAGUUGGUGAUGCUGUUGUGUUCGCAGGAAUGGCAGAACUCUUUGCAGAGGUUAGUGUUGUUUAAUGAACGUUUUCGUGUGUUUGAAAAACUAAUUCGCUGAGCCUAAUGUGGUAGUUAAUCAUUCACGUGUUUUCAUGGGAUGAAUGAGUCGUUAAUACAUAAGCAUACGAACUAGCUCACGCUUCGUGAAUUAUUAUAAAGCCUGCUUUCAGGAAGUUCUAACCUUUGAAACUCUUUAAGUAAUAUUUUCCUUUUUUUAAAUCCUUUGCGUUUCUAGGCACGGAGGAUGGCUUUUAUGGAGCUUGUCAAUGAGGGCAGACUCUUAUCGCAUGCGAUGCGUGAGCGUAUUGUCAUGACAACAAGCGAGGCGUUUGUGAUCGUUAGCAAGCUAGAUGAGAUCUCCCGUCAGAAGCAUUUGCAGUUUGUUGAACUGUGCCGCUUGACUGAAGCUACAUACAACGAGAACGACAAACUUCAAGACCAGCUGUUACUCGCUACCAAAAGGAGAGAUUUCUCAGUCGCCAGGAAUGUCAUCCAGAAGGUUAAUAGAGUUGCUAGUUUUUGCUAUUCUUGUACCUUUGGCAAGCAACCACCUGAACUGUUCAGUGAUAAAGUUGUAGCAUGGCUUAGGAGAGCCUCGGGUGGUCAUAGAGGGAGGCAAAACUGGGGUACUGCUACGGUAAAAAGGGAAUUUCUCGACAUCUGAUUAUAAAAACUUUCAGAACUCAACUUCAAGCAAAAAUAACGGCGUUGCUUGCAAUCUAAAGACGCAUAUGAGAACUUUUUCAGGCUAUGUUUGCAAGGUUAAGUAUUUUUUUUUUAGUGGGUAACUAUCCCUUAAGGUCAAUUAUUUCUCCCAGGUUCUUGACAUAAUAACCAGUGAACAGGGCGCAUGGGCAGUGGAACAGGAGCCUGCAAAUGUACAGUUUUACCGACUGGAUAUGUGGGAAGAUGAUAGUCGUCGGCGCAUGCGCUUUGUUAAGAACGAACAUGGGUCGAGUCAUCCAGAGGCAACAUUGCUGGAAUCAUUAGAAGGUGAGACAUUGAAUGAAUCAUGA